AUGAAAUUGAUUGGGUCUAUCGCUCUUUUGAGUGCAGUUGCACUCGCCCAUCCAAGUGGCCUUUGGUGGGGCACUGAUUUCUGUUAUCCAAGCCCUGAAAAUACCGACAAUCAUUGCUCCGAGGCUCAAGAGGACGGGUUUGACUGGUCUGAGUUGGCCGACGGGGACAAUUGGAGUUUCGAAGGCUUCAGUUUCGACGGAUUUGCACCCAAAGAUGGAUGCCGAGUUUCUGGAGGAAAAUGCAUCGAGGGAAAACUCUCCCGGGAUGAUGACUGGGACUUGCAGAUCGAUGCCGAGCAGGCUCCGUUCUCUGUCAAGCAAUUCCACAUCACCACAUCCCGAGACGCUGAUCUUUAUUUGACCUACACCUUGGCAGAUGGCUCUCCCUGUCAUCAGGUCGUUUCGGCCUCUCCCGACGGAUCUGAUAUUGUGAACGAGCAAUGCGGAGAUGCAGUCUCGGUCAACUUCCAACUUGCUGUGCUGGAUCAGUUCGGUGACGUUGAUCUGGAGUUGCAUCAAAUGGGCUUUGACUGCUCUCCUGGACCCAAGCCCGCAGGACCUCUCGUCGUCACAUCGUCUCAGCCUCCUCCCACCACUAAGAUAGUGGUACCAACACCUCCGGUUGAAUCACCCAAGGCCCCAACAACUACUACUGUUGAGGUGAUUCCCACCAAGCCCCAAGCGGUGACACCUUCGGUUGUGUACACCACCGAUGUGGUCACUGUGACGCGUUGCCCGCCUUCCGUGACUGACUGCCCUGAUCAUGACACUAUUUCUACCACCAUGGUGACUACCUCGGCCGCGGCGAGCUCAUCCAGUCCCCCUUGUCCAGAUCUGGUGCCCAAGUGCUUGAACACCUGGCUCUCUGUUCCCAAAUGUAGCUCCAACAGCGAUGCCGCUUGCUUCUGUCCCUCAUCGGAGUUUACCGCGAAGUUCAAGUCUUGCGUCGAGGCUUGGAGCAGCUCCCAGGAGCAAACCGACUCUGCACUCUCCUACUUUGCUGGAAUCUGUGCUCCGUAUAUCCCUGGGAAUCCUGAUAUCAUUAGCCUGGUUCCAACGACCACACCCAGUGUUUCGUCGCAGCAUGGUACCGGCGCACCUUCGUCUACACCAUCUGUGGUUGUGGUUACACCGGUGCCAGAGCCCUGCACCACUGUUACGUGGUCCUCUCACACCGUGACCGUUCCUCAGGUGGGCUUCAGCACCAAGACAGAUGCAUCUACCACAGUUGUGAACCUGGUGACUGGUAGCCCUCUCCCACCUGUCAUUUCAUCCUUCACGACCACAAAGACCAUCACCAAGUCUUGUACAUCGACUUCCACCACGCCCGAAGCGAAGAAGUCUACCAGCUCUACCGGUGCACCCACAACUUCCCCACCGACGCCCACUUCAACAUUCGUUGUUUCCAAUGCCGGGUCCAAGGUCUUCUCUGGCAACCUGUGGGCUAUCGCGGUUUUUAUUUUGGUUCUUCCGUUUCAAUAG